CCCCAAAGUCAGCUUCGUCGCAUGUCAAGCAUCGACCCCAGCAACCUCCGUGCGUCGUCCCUUCACAUCGCCGCCCUGCUUCGUCCAGUCAGGGCCUAGGCUCCUGAUCUCUUUCGCCUCGGGCGCGUGAUGACUGGGUUGUUGUAAUUGCCCUGAUCCCUCGUGUCGCGCGUGCUUCGUCAAGAUGUACGUUAAACAGAUUAUCAUCCAAGGCUUCAAAAGCUACAAGGACCAGACGGUCAUCGAGCCAUUCUCCCCGAAGCACAAUGUCAUCGUUGGUCGUAAUGGCUCCGGAAAGAGUAACUUCUUUGCGGCCAUUCGUUUCGUCCUCAGCGAUGCUUACACCCACCUGGGCCGAGAGGAACGCCAGGCCCUUCUUCACGAAGGUUCGGGAUCCGCUGUGAUGUCGGCUUACGUCGAGAUCAUCUUUGACAACUCUGACGAUCGGUUUCCCACUGGCAAACCGGAAGUGGUCCUUCGCCGCACCAUCGGACUGAAGAAGGAUGAAUACACGCUUGACCGCAAGAAUGCGACGAAGUCCGAUGUGAUGAACUUGCUCGAAUCCGCCGGGUUUUCCCGUUCAAACCCCUACUACAUCGUGCCUCAGGGUCGUGUCACCGCUUUGACUAACAUGAAGGAUUCCGAACGUCUCAAUUUGUUGAAGGAAGUUGCGGGAACGCAGGUAUAUGAAGCGCGCCGUGCAGAAUCGUUGAAGAUCAUGCACGAGACGAACAACAAGCGAUCCAAGAUUGACGAGCUACUGGACUUCAUCAACGAGCGUCUUGCGGAGCUGGAAGAAGAAAAGGACGAGUUACGAAACUACCAAGAUAAGGACAAGGAGCGCAGAUGCUUGGAAUAUACGAUCUACUCUCGCGAACAGCAAGAAAUCUCCAGUUUCUUGGACAGUCUUGAAGAACAGCGUCAAACCGGCGUCGAGGAUACCGAUCUUAACCGUGACCGUUUCAUCCAAGGGGAGAAGGAAAUGGCCCAGAUCGAUGCUGAGAUUGCCGAAUGCAAGCAGCAGAUUGAGUUCCUGAAGGUAGACAAGGCACAGCUGGAGGAUGAGCGUCGUGAGGCCUCCAAGGCCCUUGCGCAGGUGGAAUUGCAAGCAAAAUCACUAUCGGACAACCAAGUUGCCGCUCAAGCCUCGAAACUACGCCGCGACGAAGACCUGAAGGCUGUUCAGAGUGCUAUCCAGGAACGUGAGCAAGAGCUGCAGCAACUGAUGCCUCAGUUCAACGCCGCCAAGGAUCAGGAGGAUACUGUAAAGACGCAGCUUACCGAGGCAGAGACUGCCCGUCAGCGACUAUACGCCAAGCAAGGUCGUAACUCUCGCUUCCGCAACAAGAGUGAGCGCGACAAGUGGCUGCAAGCGGCGAUCAAGGAUAACUACGCUUCUAUCACUUCUGUCCAGGGUGUAUUGGCACAGACCCAAGAGGAUAUCAAGGAACUCGAAAAUGACAUAGCACUCCUGGAGCCGGAGAGCGAGCUCUUGCGCAAGCAGAUUGAUGGCAGAGGCGACACGAUCCACUCCGUCGAACAACAAGUUCAAUCUGCGAAGGAUGAGAGAGACCGGCUGAUGGAUCAGAGAAAGGAGUUGUGGAGAGAAGAAGCGAAACUGGAUUCGAUCUUGUCGAAUGCCUCCCACGAAGUGGAGCGUGCCGAGCGAAAUUUGUCCCAGAUGAUGGACCACAAUACGAGCCGUGGCAUUGCUGCUGUCCGGAGAAUUAAGCGCCAGUACAACCUCGAAGGAGUGUAUGGCACUUUGGCGGAGCUGUUCGAGGUCAGUGAUAGGUACCGGACCUCUGUCGAAGUCACAGCGGGCCAGAGUCUGUUCCACUAUGUCGUCGACACCGAUGAAACCGCUACAAAGGUGCUCGAGAUCCUCCAGCAAGAGAAGGCUGGUAGAGUUACGUUUAUGCCAUUGAACAGACUACGAUCUAGACCUAUCAACAUGCCCAGGGCAAGUGACACUAUUCCCAUGAUCGAGAAGCUUCAGUACGACUCAAAGUAUGAGAAGGCAUUUGUUCACGUGUUUGGAAAAACCAUUAUCUGCCCGAACCUUCAAGUCGCUUCUCAAUAUGCCCGCAGUCACGGUGUCAAUGCGAUCACACCGGAGGGAGAUCGUUCGGAUAAGAGAGGUGCUCUUACUGGUGGUUUCCACGAUUCGCGGCAGUCACGCCUUGAUGCCGUGAAGAACCUGGCCAAGUGGAGGGACGAGUAUGAGACGAAGAAGAACCGUGGAUCAGAAAUUAGAAAGGAGCUCGAGCAGCUGGACCAACUCAUCACAAGAUCGGUUGGUGAGCUGCAGAAGUUGGAACAACAGAGGCACCAGGUGCAAAACAGCAGUGGACCUAUGCGGCAAGAACUACGGGCCAAGCGCGACCUUCUGCAGAAGAAGAAUGACAACCUUGAUGCGAAACGACGGGCGCUUCGCAACAUCGAAGGCAACCUGGCAGCGGUCACUGACCAAGUUGGCGCAUUUGAGGCGGAAUUGUCCUCGCCCUUCCAGAAAGCGCUCAGCAAUGAAGAAGAAGCGCGCCUAGAGGAGCUCAACAACACAGCUCAGGAGCUCCGGCGGCAGUACCAGGAGCUUUCCAGCCAGCGCAGUGAGCUGGAAGGAAGGAAAUCCGUCCUCGAGGUUGAGUUGCGGGAGAACCUCAACCCGCGGCUGGACCAGCUUGUCGGCCAGGACAUGGACUUGGCGGACGAUAGCCAAGGAAACCUGAAGGAGACACAGAGAGAAAUGAAGCGCCUUCACAAGGCCCUGGAGAAACUUGGUCAGCGUCUCCAGCAGGUUGACGAGUCCAUCGAUCAGGCCAACGCUCGCGUGGGCGACCUGCAACAGAGGAAUGCGGAGACACGGCGAGAGCUGGAAGAACUGGCCAAAUCUAUCGAGAAGCACCAGCGGCGCAUGGAAAAGAGUAUGCAGAAGAAGGCUGCCUUGACGAAGCAAGCGGCUGAGUGCGCUUCUAAUAUCCGUGACCUGGGAGUUCUCCCAGACGAGGCUUUCACCAAGUAUAAGAACACAGAUUCCAACGCCGUAGUCAAGAAGCUCCACAAGGUCAACGAGAGUCUCAAGAAGUACUCUCAUGUCAACAAGAAGGCGUUCGAGCAGUACAACAACUUCACCAAGCAGCGAGAGGCGCUGACAAGCCGGAGAGAAGAACUCGAAGCUUCCGAGAAAUCUAUCGACGACCUCAUCAACGUGCUUGACCAACGGAAGGACGAGGCCAUCGAACGAACCUUCAAGCAGGUCUCCCGCGAGUUUGCCAAUGUCUUCGAGAAGCUCGUCCCCGCUGGCCGUGGACGUCUGAUCAUCCAGCGUAAGACCGACCGCGCCCUUCGGCAACCCGACGAAGUCGACUCCGAGGACGAGGAGGCCCGCGAGAGCGUCGAGAACUACGUUGGAGUUGGUAUCAGCGUCAGCUUUAACAGCAAGCAUGAUGAACAACAGCGUAUCCAGCAGCUCAGUGGUGGACAAAAGAGUCUUUGCGCCCUGGCCUUGGUCUUCGCCAUCCAAGCCUGCGAUCCCGCCCCCUUCUACCUGUUCGACGAGAUCGACGCCAACCUCGACGCCCAGUACCGAACCGCCGUUGCGCAAAUGCUGAAAUCCAUCUCCGACUCGACCAACGGCCAAUUCAUCUGCACUACUUUCCGACCCGAAAUGUUGCACGUGGCCGAAAAAUGCUACGGCGUCAGCUUCCGGCAGAAGGCCAGUACGAUCGACGUUGUGUCGAGAGAAGAAGCACUGAAGUUCGUGGAGGAGCAGAAGUCGUAGACGAGCUGAUGUGCUGCUUUAAUGAUGACCUGGGAUGUUGGAUUGCAGGCGUAUAUGAUGGAUGGGCUUCUUAUCUGUUUUUAUCUACUUUUCUUCUGAUGUUGUAUGAGACAAGCGCACGGUGGAUGGUGAUUGUGUAGCUUUCUUAGUUUAUUCUGUACGCUACAGAUCUUUCAGGUCCGGUCGAGAUACUUUUUUUCGAUUGAUUCGAGAUUCCCAA